AUGGACGUGAUCAAAGAGCUCAUCAUUCAAGCCGCUACCAUAGGUGCGAUAUUCAACUAUCGCACCACCAUUACUAAGGGCUCCGAGACGCCUCUUGCGAUUUUUUGUCUGGGACUCGCGGCGUCCUAUUUCUGCCGCUUUGUUCUUCCUCUGCGUUUCAAUCCGACCAACCCAUUCACCAGCGAGUUCGCUCGACGUCGUUUGCAGCAUACCAAGGGGAAAGGUCGCGGCAAUGGCAAACUCGACAGAGCCGAUCUCAGCGAUAUGUACGGUACCGAGCACACCUACUUCAACCUGAAACUGGAUCCUGAUACAAUGUGGGAAAAUGUAAGGACGGCUUCAAAAGUGUUUGUGCAACCAAAGAGCUGACCUUCUACCCAACAGUGUGGUUACUGGAAGGUAAUUUCACCACGAUGCUUCUAGAAUACGUGUCACUCACGAAAUGCCUUAGAACGCCAAUGGACAUUUUCCAACAGCGUGCCGGGAUCUCUUUGAAAAGAUGCUGACUGUUUCGGGAGCUCUGGACAAUGAACCAACAUCUAUUCUGGAGCCCGGUUGUGGCUGCGUGGAAGCUGCGCUGCAUAUGCUGUCAAACAGACCACAGAAUCUGGUGAAUUAUGUUGGAUUGAACAUAAACAAAAUCCAAGCCCAGUUUUGUCAAGAGCGCCUCAAGGACUGGCAAAGCGAGCAUGGCAAACCAGCUCAGACGCAGACUCUGCGCGUUUUCAAAGCAGAUGCAGCCCAGCCAGAGACGUGGUCAAACGAAGUUCGCGACACCAUCCAUUCUUUCAUGCAGCCUUCGGCUUCGAUAUCGCCAGAGAAAGCUCCUGCUCGCAAAUGGCUGAUUUGUGUUGAUUGCCUUUACCAUUUCCGCGCUGGCCGCGAGAAGUUGCUGACUUACGCCAAGGAGGAGUUUGGCACGUCUCUUGUGGCAACCGACUAUUUGAUCAAAGAGAACUUAUCUUUCGUGGAGCGCUGGCUGUUGUGGGCGACUUUGACUGGUAUUCAGAUUCCUUGGUGGAAUCGUCUAACGAAGCAGCAGUACAUCGACCUUCUUGUACGAUGCGGUUACGACCGCGACAGCAUCCAGAUCAUCGAUAUCACGGAGCAUUCUUUUACGCCGUAUGCCGACUUUCUCAGCGCGCAAACGAAGAAGUGGGACGAGAUUGGUGGGUCGAUGGCAGCUAUUCGACCUUUUGUUCACUGGGGAUAUUGUUUGCGAUACUGGGGAUGGGCCGGUACUUUGAGAUCAGUGAUGAUUGUAGCUCAUCCAAAGAAGUAG